CAGACUGACAGAAAAUGGAAAUUCGAAAUAUAACGGACAAGCGGGAGUAAGUGUUCCACAUAGCAGCGGUGUAACGGAAAGUAAGAAUAAAAUGUCACAAGAUUCAAAUAGUAUGGAUGAUGAGAAAGCGGGAUUCGGUGUGGCUGCGAACCCAGGGAGGAAAGAUACUCCGCCUCAGCGAAGUGUAGUCAGACGAGCAAUGUCUGACUGUUCCCACCUGUCGGUUCCCACAUUGAAUGCCAAAAUGUACCCCAACAAUACGGGUGGCUCAUCCACAAUGACGUCAAACUUUACCGUGAUGGAAGCAGCAUGUCCGACCAGGGCGCCAUACCCACACAUGGCUGUCCGACGCUCGCUCACAGUCACGGGUAGCACGGAAGCCUCACCUCCAUUAUUGCCAUCAUCCCCACCACCUAAGAGACAUCACGGCAGCUUGGAAACCAACGUUUUGAUUUCUGUUCCCACCCCGGGAGUGAAGGCAGACAAGGACACGCAGGAGAAGACGGAUAAGUUUGACGCGUUCGCCAAGAAAGACGUGGUGGAGAUGGGGAAGAAGGACAACGGCACGGACAAGAACCUGAAUGAAAAGAUUCUCAAAGAUGGAGAAAAGACGGACAAGAUGAAUGCUGAGAAGAACAACAAGGCAAGUGAAAAGGGGGAGAAGACCGACAAGCCGGAGAAGACCAACAAAGAAGAUAAGAAGGAAGAGGAGAAGAAAGACGACAAAGUAGGAAAAGGGCUAACCAAGUCUCCAACAGGCAAUGGCGGCAAGGUCUUACCAACCCCUGAUAGCAAGAACAAGACUGAGGGGGUUUCCAGCAAAACCGAUGCAUCAAAGUCCCGCCCAACCACCCUCUCAACCAAUACCGAGGUCACCUCGGCCAAACGCCCCUCCCCAACCACAACCCCUGCUAAUAAAAAAAGCCCCCCAUCCAAGGCGAGGACUCCGAUGGCAAAGACUCCGGAAAGUGGAGCAGCUGAGAAACGUGCAUCAGUGCCAAAGACCGCUGCUACUCCCAGUAAGACCAGUUCCGCUGCGUCUCCCGGCAACAAAACUGCUGCAAACAAGAACCAUAAGACUGAGAACAAGCCGGCAGAGGCCAAGAAACCCAAACCUACAGCUCGUCCACGUCCGGCCUCCACCACUUCUCCCACGACUUUAGCUAACGCCGCCAACGGUGAAGCCGCUCCCUCCCACCGCCGCCGGGUUAUCACCAAACCUCCUGUCCCCAAGCAAACCGCUCUGGAAAAGAAGCCAGCGGUGCCCCGUGCUCCUCGAAACAUCCGGCCUCUCAAUGCACCAACACCGGACCUGAAGAAUGUCCGUUCCAAGAUCGGGUCCACCGACAACAUGAAGUACCAACCUGGUGGAGGAAAGGUUUCUUCCACACAGAACAACAAGACUUCAGAUCCCUCCAAUCCUCCCACCAAGGCCAGAGUUCAGAUAGUGCACAAAAAGCUGGACUUCAGCCAUGUCACUUCUCGCUGUGGCUCCAAGGACAAUAUCAAACAUGUCCCUGGAGGUGGCAAUGUGCAGAUCCUGAACAAGAAGGUUGACCUGAGCAAAGUCACAUCCAAAUGUGGCUCCAAGGACAACAUCAAGCACAAGCCAGGGGGUGGCGAUGUCAAGAUCGAGUCUCAUAAGAUGAACAUUAAGGCGAAGUCCAAGAUCGGAUCUCUGGACAACGUGGGACACAGCGACAGUCAGACCAACGGACACAAGGAGGAGAAGGCAGAGGAAAAGGCGUCUUCGCACCCGACUAGCACGCCAUGUGCAGGGCCGGAAGGCGUUGCCGUUACACCGCGAGGCAUCGCCAAGGAAAACGGGAUGAAAGAGCCCACGCCUACUCCUUUUGGGGGUGACGGAUUGAGGGACCCACUCGGUAUGGACAGGCGCAUUGCUGAGAAAAAUUGAAUCUCAGCGAGCCAGAGCUUUGGCGGGGUACGCCUGGCGCUCUCGCCGACUGACCAACCAACCCCCCAGGUCACUUCCCUUUGGCCCCGCCCUCCAUCUCACCUCCAGCUGCACCAAACAGAACGUUGCCACCCUUAGUGUCUCUCCGGGGUCCGCCGGCCGCCAGCACACCGACCCAAACCCUGGAUGCCCCUGGGUUGACCUUUGGCCCUCCCCACUUAGAGAAGAGCACUCGCUGUUUUGUCUGUGAAACUUCUGUCACCUGGCGUUCCUCAGUAGCGCUGGCUUCGAGGACGUCAAUCCCCCCGACUCCAAAUCCCACGGCCCGUCUGCGAUAAACGCUUUAUAUAUGCUGAGCUAAACAAUGUUUUCUUCACAUAUAACCUUACUCAAUAAUCCACUAUCCCUAGAACCGGGACCACUUUGUCCUAAGUUCCAUUCUUUUCCGUGUCCUUCACCUUUCUAGACCGCUGAGGUUUCCAUGCAAGCCAGAUGCAGAGCACAUCAUUUCCACUGCUUUAAAUGGACACAUACCCUUUUUAGCCAACACCUAAAGCUCUCUGCAUUGUAGCUAACACUGGAUUUGCAUCGUCGCGAAUAGGGAUGGGUACCGAACCCAACGGUGCCAUGUUACAGUACCUGGGUUGCAUUCAAUGUCACGGCCAGUUGCCGACUCUCGCACAACGCCAACAAAGAUAUUGACGCAAAAAAAAACGCUCCAACGUACGUAAAGUAUGGCUCUCCUUAGCUUAAUGCUACUAUACAUUGGCUUUGCUAUUGACAUGCUACUGAUUAGCAUUAGCCAUUGUACAUGGCGAUAUCAACACCUCCAAAUUUGGUAAUGAAAAUGUUAAGGGAAUAUUUUCCCUCCUUUAAGCAAAAUAGAACGCCUUAGAAGUUACUAGCUUUGGCCUUGGUUUUGCUCGAAGAAGAUGAAGACAACAAUCUCACCCCGUUUCUUGUCUAUUCGCACACACUCGUAUCAUUCCCUCCAGUUGUAAUGCUGUUAGGGGGCACCAGGUGUGGAGAGUUAUUUUGCGGUGGAGAUGUACCAAGAAGGCUUUGGUAUUUAGACAGCUCUUCUCAGCACUGGUAUUGCUAUGGUUUAGGACUCUUCUAAAUAAAAACUACAACUAAGAUGCAUAUUACAACCAUACAGCUGGUACGUAAUAAGUACAAUACUUACAGUGUUAACACUUUUUGGGCGCAACAGACAGCAAAGGCUGAACUGACUGAACACACCAUGAACUAUACAAUACUGCAAUCUAAUGUCUUAGACUUACAAGUAAGACUCAGAAAUGUUAUAUUAAAACAAGAUAUAAUAACUGGACAGCAGUUAUAGAUAGCAAAUGUUUGAAUGUUGCAAAAAAAUAGAUUUUAUUAUCAAACAAUUUAAAAAAGUACUGAAAAUUGGUACCGUUAAGUACUGGUAUCGAUUCACAGGUACCAUAUUUUGGUAUGAUAUCAGUUCAAAUGUGAACGGUACCCAUCCCUGGUCACUAAUGAGUCUCUUGUGUUUGCAUGUCCCAGGUGGCAUUGGUAUCACUAUACCAGGGGUCGGCAACCUUUACCACUCAAAGAGCCAUUUUGACCAGUUUCACAAAUUCAAGAAAACAAUGGGAGCCACAAAAAUCUUUUGAUAUUUAAAAUUAAAUAACACUGCAUACAAAGUUUUUUUCUUGCUUUGUGCUAUGUAUAAACCAAGGGUCUCAGACACGCGGACCCCACCUUAAUAUGAAAAUUGAAUGUUAGUGCGGCCCGCGUGUUUUAUAUGAAUGGCGCAUGACAGCGUCAUACUUGUCAACCCUCCCGAUUUUUCCGACAGACUGCAAGUUCCAGGGCAAUUAUUCUCUCGAACGUGCCGUAAUGGUACUGCAUAAAGCACCCACUAUAACCAGCGUACUGGCCGAGCCACACGAUGUAAGGGGCUUUUACUUGCUCACUUAAGUAACAGCA